CCGUUCCCCUCACUGGAGCAAAAUUUCGGCUGCUGUCACGUCAUUGGGUCCGGUCGAGGUCCGACGGAAAACCCAUACCACAUCAUCUUCCUCACCACGGCACUCACCCUUUCACUUCUCACUCUCACUUUUUCACAUACGGGACAAACGAGAAUCGACCAGUUCAUUUCCCUAACCCAUCCAUCCGCCCGCCCUCCCACUCGCCCGCCAUGUCCUCCCCCGCAGAGUGUCGCAUCCUCGUGUUCGCCUCCGGCAACGGCUCCAACUUCCAGGCGGUGGUCGACGCCCUGGCCGCCGGCAACAUCCCCAACGCCCGCAUCACCCGCCUGAUCGUGAACAGGGGUAAGGCGUACGCGACGACGCGCGCGGAAAAGGCCGGGAUCCCUUGGGAGUACUACAACCUGAUCUCGCACGGGUUCCAGGCGCGUGGCGAGACGGACCCGGAGAAGAUGCAGGAGGCGCGCAACAAGUACGAUGCCGCGCUGGCCGAGAAGGUGCUCGCGCUGGAUGAGAAGACGGAAAGGCCGCAUCUGAUCGUGCUGGCGGGCUGGAUGUACAUCUUUGGCAAGCACUUUUUGGGCCCUAUCGCGGAGAAGGGAAUCAAGGUUAUCAACUUGCAUCCGGCGCUUCCUGGCAAGUACGACGGUACACACGCCAUUGACAGGGCGUACGCCGACUUCCAGGCUGGAAAGUUGGAGAACAACAAGACCGGUAUCAUGGUGCACUACGUUAUCGAGGCCGUCGACCAGGGUGCGCCCGUCCUUGUGCGCGAGAUCGAGUGCCGUGAGGGUGAGAGCCUGGAGCAGCUAGAGGAGAGGAUACACUCUCAUGAGCAUUCUCUCAUCGUCGAGGCUACCGCCAAGAUUGCCGGUGAGAUCAUCGCCUCUCAGCAGGCGCAACAGUGAUUGGUACUGGGAGCGGAAAAUGAGGAUGUGGUAUAGCGAUGAUGAUGAAAGACGACAAACCUGUAGAAACGAAAGAAACAGGACACGAAACGAGCAUUUGGGCCUUGUUCAACAUCACAGGUUCAACAGGAUAGGUAUGCAAAACGACAGGGCAGAAAUGGGAUUCGAACGGAAAAGGACUAGGCUUGGGGCGGAUCGUAAACAGUCAUGGAUUUCAACACUGAAUACAGCUAGUACAGGGCACGGGGAGAACGGCGUGAUGAGAUGAACUACACUUCAAGGUUCCCCUGAAAGAUCAGAACAGAGACGCGCGUUCAAGAUGAAGGACGCUCCUUCGCGGCUGUGUUCAGGAUCGUGGGACAAAAACACCAAAAGAUCCAUGUCGCGAUGGAUGAACGACGAGUCAGAAGAGAGCAGGGAUGGCUAGUCGACCUGGGCGAGCUGGGCAAAAAGCACAAAAAAACAUACAACACCAGGGAU